AUGGGAGAAGUGCUCUGUCGGGAUGACGAGUGGCUGACCAUUGCAGCUGACUGGACCAUGGUGCUGAUGGAUGCGGCUAGAGCACUGCGUAUGUGGCCUGGCAUCUUCAAGCCCAUCAUACACUGGUUUCUCCCUGAAUGCAGGCUGCUACGCAAGACGCGCAACAAGGCGACAAUAGUUGUCGAGAGAGAGCUUACACGACGCAGAGAGCGGGAGCGUGCCAGCAAUUCUAAGCCGUCGACAGUCAAGGUGGGAGAUACACUCGGAUGGAUGCAGGAAGUUGCAGGUUCAAAGAACAUUGAUCUCGCCGGCGGACAGCUCGUGUUGACCUUUGCAUCAAUCCAUACAACGUCGGACCUAUUGACAAAGUGUCUAUACAACCUUAGUGCGCACCCGGAGUAUCAAAACCUCCUCCGGAAGGAGAUUGUUACUGUUCUGUCGGAGAAGGGCUGGGACAAGACAUCUCUGUACCAGCUGAAGCUUCUCGACAGCUUCAUGAAGGAGACACAGCGUUUAAUGCCCACCUCAGUGCGCUUAAUGAAUCGUGUCGCACAACAAAAGGUCACCCUCAACGAUGGAACCAUAAUCCCGAAGGGAGCUAUUCUCAGCAUUAUCCAGGAUAGGCUCUUCGACCCCGAAGUCUAUCCCGAGCCACAGAAGUUCGAUGGAUAUCGCUUCCUCAAGCUGCGAUCACAGCCAGGUCAGGAGGCCCAUUGGCAGCUUGUCACGACUAGUACGGACCAUACGGGAUUCGGCCAUGGCAUCCACGCAUGCCCAGGCCGAUUCUUUGCCGCAACAGAACUAAAAGUUGCGCUGUGCUUCCUUCUUCUACGCUACGACUGGCAGCAGGAUUGUGACAGCGACACAGCCCCGACAUUUCAGCAUGGGUCCGAGAUUAUGGCAAAUCCUGAUUUCAAAAUCUCAUUCAGACGCCGACAGGAAGAAGUUGACAUCAUGAAUCUUGUCAAACACGUAUAG